AUGCCCUUAUUCAGACGGUCGUUGGCUUCGGUCAAUUACUUGGUUUCGGCGAUACCGAAAAAGGCUACAGUACCGCUACCGCAGAAGAAAGCCAAUCCAAAGAAUCUACCGCCCCUGGAUGCCUCAACUUUGGUGUACUCGCCAAACGACCUCAAUAACCAUUUUCGCUACACAGAAUAUGGCAAACCUACCAGUGCCCAGCUCACGAAAGCAGACCAGUUUUUUGCUAAAUACACCCCGAAACAUGAGUGGACCUGUGCUACUUAUGAGGACAUUCCAGAUUUGAAGAUUGCACGGUUGCAAAAUGAGCAUCAGGAAAGACUCUCUCGCAUGGAACCAUAUCUGCGGACUGAAUAUCACGAAAAUUUGGAAAAGCUGCGUUCUACUUAUGGUUAUAGCCCCGAGGUGCUUCGGCCGUUGCCAGAAAUCUUGCUUUUGGGACACACAAACGCAGGUAAGUCUACUAUGGUGAACACUCUCUUCAACAGUGAACGAAGCAAGAAGGAGGGUCACUUGGCCUUUGUAAGCAGAAGGGCUGGUUUCACAAAGUGCCUUAAUAGCUUUAAUGUUGGCGGUAAGCUUAGAAUCAUCGACAGUCCCGGAUACGGCGAAUAUGGAGAGGAGAAGCAGGGUGAAGUAGUGCUAGAUUACAUCCGCAACAGGGCUUACCUACGAAGAGUGUUUCUCUUGAUCGACAGUAAGACUGGCUUCCAGGAGGAAGACUCUAUGCUUAUCGAUCUUCUUGUGGACGAGGGUGUGCCGUUUGAAAUCAUCUUUACCAAGGUUGAUGAAAUCGUACAAAGUCAGUUUCCCAAAUUUCAGAUAAAGUCGGCUAAAAGCGAUGCCGGCGGCCGUAUUAAUGGCUAUGAAAUGGCGAGAGAGGGCAAUUCCAAGGUCAUUUCGUAUUAUGACAGCUUGAUAGAUGGAGCUGGUCUCAGGGAUCUAGCCACCAUGCCCAAAUUGCUCUUCAACAACUCGCAGACGAACAAGCUACUUACAAAAAAGUUGGGCUAUAGAGAGAUCAGGCACGCUAUUCUUGAAAGUUGCGGUCUAGUGGAAUCUCCACAGGUGAAUGUCAGUGAAGAGAGUGUUACUCCGAAGGCGAACAAAGGACGCAAGAAGAGGAGCACCAGGGGGAUCAGAGUUUAA